AUGGCAGACCGCAGGCGAACGUGCAGGCCCGCUCCUCUGGCCAGGCUGGGCGUGCACGGCAGGUCCUGGUGUAAAGAGAAUGUGCCUUCCCAGUUUUCCACACAACAUGAAGACAGGCGGUUACAUCCCACCUUCAUGAACACCAGACGGUGGGUGUUUGUGAAAAAGGGGCUGGAUGACUUCAGGAAUGGCUGCCCUUCUUGGGAGAAUAUGAUCACUCGGGGCCUUCCGGAGCAUCCUGCCCCCCAGCGGUACAGCAGAGGUCCCCGGCCUCCCCCCAGAAGGAGGCCGAGCUACCUGCCCGAGGGUGCAGCCCUGUGUUCCAGGCUCUCGGCCGCCCAGCGGGCGCGGAAGGCCUUCCUGGAGGACAUCGAGGCCCAGCUGACCCAGCACCUCCUGGCUCCCUGCGCCGGCCUGGAGGAGAGCCUGCCUCCGGAGCUCUUAAAGAGGGUGCUGGAAGUGCUGGAUCCUGACAAGAAACUGGAGGACGCGUGGGCUCAUUGUGAGGGUGUCGAGAAAAAACCCAAGGAACCCACAAAACUGCGUGAAAAAUGUCCCACCCAAGAUCCCAAGGAACCCCCAAAACUGCUUGCAAAACGUCCCACCCGAGCCUCCCUGGAGCUUCCCAAGAAGACUCUUCGGUUGAAGAAUUCAUGCCAAUCACUUUCUAAAGAGAAGAAGCCAAUCCGAUCGCCUUCUGAAGAGAAGCCCAGUGAGAAGGAUUCGCUCCACAAGGAUGGUCCUGAUCCGUACGAAAACACCCGCAAAUCAGGAAGCACGAGGAUUGAUGAAGAGUACAUCAUGAAGCAAUUUGAGGUUAACUAUGAGAGGGAAAUCAGCCAUAAUGUGCUCCACCCGCUGAAGCUUGGCGAGAUUCCUGGGGACCUAAAGAAGGGAGAGGGGCUCAAGAAACAGCAGGAGUCAGAAUUUUUCCAGGAACUAGAGCCGGAACUGAAGAAUACUUGUAAACCAAAGCAUGUGAAGAUGCGGUAUGGAGCCUGGUAUCUGCACCCAAAACUAUGGAAAAGACAAAGAGCAGAUGAACCUUUGACUGACCCCAAGGCCUUACACAAAGACGAGAAUUUAAGAAAGGAGCAGAAGAAACAGGAGGAGGAGGAGUUUGCAAAGCUUCACGGGCCAGCUGCUUUUAGGAAUUUCAUUCUAAGGAAGGGCUACAGGAUGCCAAGUUUCCUGGAGAACAUAAAUACCAAGAAGGAAUGUAAGUGUGAUUAUAAUAAGACUCCUGGAAAAUAA